AACAACGAGCACAAACUUGCGGCAAUGGACGUUUGUUAGCCCAUGGAUGUCUGAAUUCCACUAGUUAUCAAUGUAAAAAUAAUUGUAUUUCAAUUGGUUUGUCCCUAUCUUGUAAAUAACAUCGGUGUCCUCUAAUUGUGUAUUUAUAGUAAUCAGUAAUGUUCUAAAACUAAACACAAACGGAGCAUAAAAAAUAUAUUCAUUAUGAUGGACGGAAACGAUUUAUCGGCUGAACCAAAUAGAAAAGGCAUUAUUUCUCAAGCUUGGAAUCGUGUUUCUCAGAUUUACCAAGGCACCCUAGAUAGAUGGACACCACACAUGAAGGGACGAUGGGUUGGUUCUGCUGUUCUGAUGCUAGCAUUCAUGCUCCGAAUAAUCACAAAACAGGGCUGGUAUAUAGUCACAUAUGCCCUGGGUAUAUACCAUUUAAACUUAUUUAUUGCAUUCCUGACACCCAAGAUUGAUCCUGCUAUGGAUUUUGAUGGUGAAGAUGAUAAUGGCCCUGCUCUUCCUACUCGGGCCAGUGAAGAGUUCCGGCCCUUUAUCCGGAGAUUACCGGAGUUCAAGUUCUGGCUCUCUGUCACCAAGAGCACUCUUAUAGCAUUCUGCUGUACCUUCAUUGAUGCUUUCAACAUCCCAGUAUUCUGGCCUAUAUUAGUCAUGUAUUUUAUAACACUAUUUUGUAUUACCAUGAAGAGACAAAUCAAGCAUAUGAUCAAGUAUCGGUAUCUACCCUUCACCCACAGCAAGCCAAAGUACAAAACUGUAGAUUCUGCAGUCACUGUAAACUGACGUCAUACAUGUUUCUACCCACAAAGUAUGGACAGUCAUCAUAGUCUAAUUAACUUAAAAACCUGUUGUAUUCUAAAGUUUCUAGAAAUACAGUUUUUAUUAUAACGUU